CCUAGAUAGGGAGCAGUAGGGCCUAUACGGAAGUAACUAGAAAGUCUGCUGAACCUCCGUCUCCUUAUCUUGGAAAGGCCUUGCAGGAGUAACAGGGGAAAAAACUGAUAUCUUUCCUCCAUAUGCACUUACUUCUUUCCAUGUGACUCACACCUUUCGUAGAGAGAUGGAGACCGUGGUCAUUGUGGCUAUUGGUGUCUUGGCCACUAUAUUUUUGGCUUCGUUUGUGGCGCUGUGGUGGUCUGCAGACAGCGCUAUUGCCCGAACAAGAAAUCUCCUGACACAUUACAAUAACAAGCCAACGGUGGAUUUGAUUGGAGCAAUGGAGACUCAGUCUGAACCAUCCGAAUUGGAGUUAGAUGAUGUUGUAAUAACAAACCCUCAGAUAGAGGCCAUACUGGAGGAUGAAGACUGGAUUGAAGAUGCAUCUGGCCUAGUAUCCCACUGCAUCGCCAUUUUAAAGAUUUGUCACACACUGACAGAGAAACUGGUUGCAAUGACAAUGGGAUCUGGUGCGAAGAUGAAAUCUCCAUCAAGUCUUAAUGACAUUAUUGUUGUUGCUAAGAGAAUUAGCCCAAGAGUUGAUGAUGUGGUGCGUUCUAUGUAUCCUCCCUUGGACCCUAAACUACUUGAUGCAAGAACUACGGCUCUCCUGCUGUCAGUUAGCCAUCUUGUGUUGGUUACUAAAAAUGCUUGUCACCUGUCUGUCGGAAUGGACUGGAUUGAUCGAUCACUGUCAGCUGCGGAAGAACACAUGGCAGUUCUUAGAGAAGCAGCACUGGCAACUGAACCAGAACGUGCCAUCCCAGGAGCUGACAAUUUUCUGCAGGAACAGUCUACAAUUUAAAUAUGAAAAUGCCUAGCAGAAUGUUGCAUGAUUUUGUCAAAGUUUGAAUAUUUAUAUAAUAAUCCAAUACUUGUUUAGUACUGUAUGAUCUUUAUAUAUCCAUUUAUGAAAAUAUAUUUACUUGAGACAGUAUAUGUACUGUAACAAUACAGAUUUCACUUUUUCAUAUAAUCAGAGACUUGCACAGUUUUUUUUUUUUUUUGUUUUUUUUUUUUAAAUUAUUGUUUCCCAAUGUCAAUGUAUUUCUAGAGCAAAAUGUUGCAUAGCAUUAGCUUUCAAAAGUGCACAAAUCUUGUUUAGUAAUGGAACAUUCUUUCUGGCACUGUUUGGCAAUAUUGCUUUUCCAAGCUCUAAUCUACAAGGAAAGAUAUAAAACAAAAAGUUAAGAAUUAUCUUGUGCCAAGAGAUAUUUUGUUUAUGCAAUAAAUCUUCAGAAGUUGUUAAGCUUA